UCCUAAUGAUUUUCUUAUCAGACGUGGAUGCUCAGGAUGCAGAGUACAGACCCUAGAAGAAUGUCGUCAGUUAGAGUUUUGUUAGAGCUGAAGGACCAUGCUAACAUUCUUCCUAAGAAAGUCAAGACGGAAGAUGACUCACAGGAUGAUGACCAGCCACAUUACCUCAAGAUAGAAUGUCAACAAGUUGUGGAUGAAUUUAAGAAGUUGAAGUUUGCCUUUGUCCAUCUUCAGGCCCACAUUAAGCUGCUGGACUACUUGGAGAAUGUUCCGAAGGACCAGUGGCCCUCUGUGGCAUCUUGUGACGAGGAAUCUAAGAAGAUCCGUCGACAGCUCAAGGAAGCGAAGGCAAAGACAGAAGAUCUUGAAGAACAUAUUCAGGACUUGAUGAAGUCCGUGAAGAAUUGUCAGGAAACAUUAAAUGCCAAGCUGGUAUCGUUUGAGAAGAUGAUCAAGGAGACCGAAGAUAGGGCAGUUGAGGUUGAGCAACUUGUGAGAACGAGAAGUGGUGCAUUGGCAGAGCUUGAAGGCAGCGGGGUGACACUAGAGAACUUCCAAGCUGAGUACGCCAAACAGGAUGAGGGCCUUAAAGCAGCAAAAGACUUCUUGGCACACUGUCAGCCAGUGGUGAGACAUAUGAAAGAGGGUACAGAAAACCUGCACAAAGAGAAGGAGUCACUGAUGGAAGACACCAAGGCAGUCAUGGAGACAGUGUCAGAAUAUAGGGCCGAGAAAGAGAGCAGGGAACAGCAGCUUGUUGACAAGAUGAAAUGGUGUGAAUCAGCAUCUAAAAUGUUGAAGCAGCUGACGGGGGUAUCUGAGCGAUCUCUUGACGAGAACUGCUGGACCCUGGAGCUCUCGACUGAUGACAGUUACCUAGGCAACAAGGAGAGUAUGACGGCUUUGCUAGCCUUACACUUCAAGGAAGCCAAGAACCCUUGGUCAUCCAGGCAGCUCGAAGCUGCCAAGAUUGACAUCGAUACACUUGAUAUAUCGGACCUUGUAGAGGAGGCUGUCAGGAGAAACGAUGCGGUCUUUCUGGUCUCAUCAGUGAUGAAAAGACUAAAAACCCACGCCCCCCUCUACAUGGAAGUGGAACUCCUCCGGCAUCAGUACGCCAUAGACUGGGUGUCGGAAGAGGGCAUACUACGCGUUAUAUUUGGUGACAGUGCCCAGAUUGUUUGCACCUUGUCCUUAACUACCGGACCUCAGGGGAGAACUAUGGUCCAGUUGAAAUCGCUUGAAGGGGUGAAACAGCACCCACCCAUUCAAGAAUUGAAGCCCUCUUGUGAAGAGCCAAAGAUUUCUGACUGGUUGGAGUUCCUUAAAGAUGCCACCCAAGACAUGUAGCUGUUAGCCUGACCGACCAAAACAUUAUUUGAACCCAUUGACUCUGUUGUGAAACUACUGAGGGCGCUAUUUGGCUUUCUGACAAGAGCUGAGCUUGGGCCCUUCGUUUGAUGACCACAUUAAAACUGUUUUAUACAUGUACUUGUUAAAAGUCAAGUACAGCAAACUAACACAUACUGCACUGUAUUUGUGAAUGAUUUCUGGUUGCAUGUCCUUGAUUGGUAGGGGGAUAACGGUUUGUUUAAUCAUGGUUUUUUUAUAAACACCAUUGAAAGAACACAGUACAUGUAACAAUGAUGCUUUGUUGAGUGCUUAGCUAAUUUGCCUGACCUAAAUUUGUCAUUACUAUGUAUGACGUUUUCUUUAAACAGUUUCGUGUUUUGGUUUUCUUUUUUGGGAAUAAAAAUAAUCACUGAUAGACUUGUCAUUUGUAUGCAUCUUUUUGCCAUCCUCGAGGAUCUUUCAAACUCCAAUAAACAUGGCUUGGAGGGGGUAUUUCGAAACGAACUUAAUUGCCACAGGGUCAGAAAUAUUUCAGAGAAAAUAAAACAAUUUCCUCCUGUGGUUUAUUGGAAA